CUUCCAACUUCGUCUAUCUUUGUCCCUCUUACUUUUAAACGGCUACUUGCUGCAAUUCUCCAAUCAUAAUACCCGCUACCGCUUCUAUCAACUCCGAAUGGCUGAUCCUCGCUUUAUGAAUCCGCUCGUGUCCAUCGUCCUCUCCAUCCCACGCGUGCUGGCCCUACUGCAGCUCUUCUGCGAAUCAGCAAAUCUCACUCAUCCGCCGUAACUUCUCAGCAAAACAACAAAAUGAACUACUUUACCCCUGCCUUUCGAUGCGAGGUGGAGGGGAUUGCCGAGACCAAGUGGCUGGAAAAUGGAAUGGACGCAAAGGUGGACAUGCGCGACACUCUGAAUAACGAGGUUUCUGGGCUGCGGGCCAGGCGAAGCCCGAAGCUCGUUGAUCGUUGCCUCGAUGUUAUGGUCCGUGUUUCCGGUUCCGUACCUGUCUUUCUCAUAAUCCUUGCCGGUUUGUUGACGUGGGCUCUGCUGGGAAUUCGGUUUGGAAACGUGAGCGUCUGGAUCGCUUCCAUCUCCGAUGUUCAAGCCAUGCUCUGUUACGUCUUCGAUUCGUUCAUCAUGCGUCAGCUCCUGCGCCAGUAUUCCGAUCAGCGCGAAGCCCUCGUCGAGCUCCAGUCCCGCAGCCACAGUCAUCAACGCAUGCUCGCCGACGUCAGGAAGAAGCUGGGGCGGGGCGGGGUUCGUCAAGUCGCCGAGAAGUGCAAUGCGGAGCGUCCUGAGUCCGUAGACUACAGCUUGAACACCCAAAGUCUUUUGGUCCAGGGUAUCAUGUACUCCGCCAGAGCGCUUGGGCAUGUACUCAGCUCCCUUCUUUUUUGGGUCUGUGUCGUGAUCUGGCUGGGCUUCGGCCCGCAUUGCAACUGGUCCGACCGGUGGCAGCUCUACAUCAACGACGCGACAUCCGCGCUGAUGAUUCUGGUGUUUGCGUUUCUCGCUUGCCUUCGAGAACGCUACGCAGAUUCAAACAACGCCUCUCUUGACACCAUCUUCCGACUCGACUCGACCCUUGAGAUGAAGCUUCGCUGCUUGACCAAGGAUGAUCUACCGAACCCUAUGGUAGUUGACCCACUACCUAAAGAGAACAUCCUGCAGGUGGUGAUCUUCUACUACGCGGACAUCGUUGGAACCCUGGUGGGCCUCAUGCUCCUCGUGCUGGUGAUCAUCGUCUGGGCUGCGGUCGGCCCCGUCCUCCACUAUGACAGUAGCUGGUGGCUCCUGAUCGGAACGUACGCCGGACUGGUGGGUCUAUUUGACAGCUUUGUUCUUCGCAAUGUUCAAAGCAAGGUGCAUCAGUACAUCAAAGGCCAGAUGACGAUGGUUUUACAUGCAGAUGCGGCGCUGCUCACGGAACUCUCUCUCGCUACCGAUGACACCGCAGGUAGCAACGCUCAGCGUCCUUCUCUAAGCCAGACAGUCUCCCGCUGGAUGGAUGCGGUUACCUCUCAUACUCUCAUGGUUAUGGCAGGCUUUCUCCUCACCAUCGGUUGUGUGGUCGCCUCCAGCGCUAUGAAGUGGAGUCUCACCGGACAGUUGAUCUCCAACGUACCGCCCAGCAUCAUCGAGACGUUCUUCAUGUUAAUCCUGAUUAAUGGUCAGAAUGACGCCGAGGCCAGCGCCCAGAUGGACUUGGACGACCUGUACCGCUACCGCCAGUGGCUGCUGUCCUUCACGCGGCAUGCCAAGGAGCUCUUGGAGGUACACGGGCUGUCUGCUACUGCUGAGAUGCCUGCGCCGUGACAAGACACGUACCAUCCGCGACCGCAGGGAAAUUGACGUUGG